AUGCCGCCCCGUCUACUGCCUUUCCUCCGCCGCCCGCAAUCUCUCCUCUCCUCCAGACCGACUCAACUUCUCUCUCAAAUACCAACCUUCUCGCCAACCUCACACCCCGGCCCGACCACUCAAUCUCCUUCCAUCCUCUCACGAACCCCUCGCCGACCCUCCACAACCUGGCUCCUCUCCGCGCUCUCCUCCCUCGCCCCCUCCCCCGGAGGAGCGCCCCGUCCACCACCCCCUAAAACCCUCCGCGCGCGCCGUGUCCUGCCCUACCCCCCCACUCACAUCUACCGCCUCAUCGCCGACAUCGACAGCUAUCGCCUCUUCUUGCCACACUGCACUCAUUCCCUCGUCACGAGGUGGACAAGGCCCCUUCCAACAUCACAGAAUAAUGGAAAUGGGGGAGAAGGGACGGAAUUGCCGGUUCGGCAUCCAGUCUUAGCCGACCUGACAGUAGGCUGGGGCCCGUUCACACAAACCUACACCUCCCGCGUCUACUGCGUACCAGGGGAGAUAGUUGAGGCCGUGUCUGGCUCCGCUUCAACAACCAUCCCGCGGGAGAUUCUCAAAGCAGUGGGAUAUGAGGAUGCCGAUCUAAGCCGAGAGACGACGAUGGAAGGGGUGUUUGAAAGCUUGGUGACCAGGUGGACUGUCGAACCUGUUACAAGGUCGGCGGCGGCGGUGGCGACGACGACGAUACCAAGGUUGACAACAGAGGUGGCGGGGAGUGAUGGGGUGUGGACGGAGGUUGCGCUUAGCGUGACGUUCCAGUUUACGAAUCCGGCGCUCGGGUUCGCGGUGGGCCAGUUGGCAGAUGAUAAGGUGGAUGAGAUGGUGCAGGCGUUUGAGCAGAGGGCGAGGGAGACGUAUGGGAGGUAA